AUGGUUAGCCAGGAGGCCGACGCCACACAAUGCGGUCCGUUCCGCCGCCUCGCGCGCGAGGCACUGCCGUAUGCUCCCGACAUGGUCGUGGAAAAAUGGCGCAGCACACAGUCCGGGCUCACCGUCCUGUGGGCGAGCUUUGACAGCCCCUUGCUGAACGCGUACAUCACCCUUGCCACGGAAAUCUUCACAGACAGCGGCGUGCCACACACGCUCGAGCACCUCGUGUUCCUUGGCAGCCAGCAGUAUCCCUACAAAGGUGUGCUCGACAGCCUCGCGAACCGCGCGUUCGCGCAGGGCACCAAUGCGUGGACGGCCAACGAUCACACAGCCUACACGCUCACGACCGCAGGUGCUGAUGGCUUCCUGCGCAUGCUCCCCGUGUACUGCGACCACGUCUUCUUUCCCACGCUCACCAAGGCCGGUUUUACCACCGAGGUGUACCACGUCAACGGCCAAGGCGAAGACGCCGGCGUCGUGUACUCGGAAAUGCAGGGCCGCGAAAACUCGAGCGCGGACCUCAUGGAGCUCAAGACGCAGCGCAUGCUGUAUCCCCGCUCGUCUGCGUACCGCAGCGAGACGGGCGGCCUCAUGGCUGCCCUGCGCGUCCUGACCAUCGACGACAUCCGCGCGUACCACGCGCAGUACUAUUCGCCGCACAAUGCGGCGCUCGUGCUCUGCGGUCCCCUCGACCGCGCAGCGCUCUUCCGAACGCUCGAGCAGAUCGACGCGCGCUUUGUCGAACAGCAGCGCGCACAGGGCGAGCAGGGACCGCCCGGCUGGCGCCGCCCCUUUGUGGAGACGGCGAGCGCUGUACCGCCUGUCAUUGACGCUUCGCGCCUCGAGGUACCGGGCGUCGAGGAUGCCGCGCCGCCAUUGCAGCCACUGCGCCGCCGCGCGUACGUCGAGUUCCCUGAGAAGGACGAGAGCGUUGGCGAAGUGCAAAUCUCAUGGGUCGGCCCGCCCAUCACCGACGCACUUGCACUGCAGGCGCUCGACGUCCUGGGCACCUACCUCACCGACUCGCCUGUGAGCCCCGUACAAAAAGCCUUUGUGGAGCGCGACGAUCCCCUCUGCACGGACGUGUACUUUGGCAACAGCGAGCGCGCCGGUGCCUCGGUCCUCGGUGCAUGCUUCAGCAGCGUGCCGACCGCGAAGCUCGAUGACCUCGACCAGGCGCUGCACGCUCUCUUUGUGGACGUGGCACGCGACGGUGUGGACAUGGUGCGCAUGGAGACCGUCCUGCGCCGCGAGCGUGAGCGCCUACUAAGCCAGCUCGAGAUGCGGCCAGCCGACUGCUUCUCCGAUGUGCUCAUCCACGACUUUCUGUAUGGCCACCGCGACGGGCACGACCUGGCGACGGCUCUUGACGAUAUGCAGCGCUUUGAUGCGCUGGCGCGCUACACCCAGGAAGACUGGGCUCGCGUGCUGCGCCGCUACCUGGUCGACAAUGCGCGUCUCGUCGUCGUUGGGCGCCCCUCGGCAGCGCUGGCACAACAGCUCCAGCACGAGACGCAGGCGCGCGUCGCUGCGCGCCGCUCCGAGCUCGGCGAGGCCGGCACACAGGCCCUGGAGCAGGCGCUGACCGACGCUCGGCGCGCGAACGAUGCGCCAUUCCCGCCGCAGGUACUGAAAGACUUUGCCGUGCCGUCCAGCGAUACGAUCCAGUGGAUCUCGGUGGCCACGGCGCACAGUGGCCCCGAUGCGCCGCCCGAGUCGCUCGGCGAGCUCAGCGCGGAGGAUGCGCAGCUACACGCCCAUGUACAGGCGGACGGCGAGCCGCUGCCGUUCGUGAUCCAGUUUGAUCAGAUCCCCUCCCAGUUUGUCCUCAUCUCGGCCGUGCUCAGUACCGAGGCGGUGCCGACCGAGCUGCGACCUUAUCUGACGCUGUACCUUGCGAUGCUCUUCUCCCUGCCUGUUCAGCGCGCCGACGGCACACGACUCUCGUACGAGCAGGUCGUCCAGCAGCUUGAGGACGAUGUCCUGGACUAUGACGCGGCGAUCGGCGUCGGCUCGAGCUUCAACGAGAACCUGGCCGUGGAGCUCAAGGUGCCCGCGUCGCGGUACGUGCAGGCUGUUGGGUGGAUGCGCGAUCUGCUGUGGGGCGCCGACUUUUCGCUGGAGCGCGUGCGCGUCAGCGCCGCCAAGCUCGCCCAGUCGCUGCCAGAGCAGAAACGCGAUGGCCGUAUGGUGUCGUGGGCACUCUUGCGCUCGCUCCUGUAUGUCCCAGGCCGCUCGGCGUGCGAGGCAAACAGUGUGCUCUCCCAAAUCCAGCAUGUGCGCGAGAUCACCGACGCUCUCCAGCACACGCCGGAGCAGGUGCUCGCCAACUUGGAGCGCGUGCGCGAGGCGCUCUUGCGCCCUGAGCACAUGCGCUUCAGUGUGGCCGGCGAUAUCCUGCGGCUUCCGGCGCCGCGCGUGCCGUGGCGCACGGUACUCCCGAGCGUGCCGGCGCCGCGCGCGCUGCGUCCUCUGCCGUGGGCGAGUGACGUGGUGAACGCCCUGGGCGCACGCCCUGCGCGCGCGGCGCGCCUGUGCACGGUGCCGGCGAUUGAGAGCUCCUAUGCUGUGGUCACCGCGCGUGGCCUCACUGGCUACACGGACCCCGACUAUGCGCCGCUGGUUGUCACACUGACCAUUCUCAAUGCGAUGGAGUCGUUCCUGUGGCGCUACAUCCGCGGCGCGGGUCUUGCGUACGGAGCAUCGAUCCGCAAUGACGCCGAGGCGCAGCACAUCCAUUUCCUCCUGUACCGCGCGCCGGACGCGGCGCGCGCCUUUACGGAAGGACGCAAAGUGCUUCAUGCGCUGGCCCACGGCACGCCACUCGACGAUGGAUCGAGCGCCGUGAUUGACGAGACGAUGCUCGAGACGGCCAAGUCGAGUCUGCACUUUAGCGUGGCUGAGGCGGAGGGCACCGUCGGGGCGGCUGCGCUCGAGAGCUUUGUGGAUGUGCGCCUCAAGCGCGUGCCGCGCGGCCGCGGUCGGCGCCUACUCAAGGACGCGAGUCGCGUCACGCUCGCCGAGGUCCAGCGGUGCCUGCGGCAGUACAUUGUGCCGCUGUUCGAUCCGGCGACGUCCGUGUGCGCCGUGGCAGCCUCGACUUACGGCCGUGGGCUAUGA